AGUUGCAUAGAGGGCGUCGAACGGAGCGCGUCGUACGCUGCGUGUUCGUUCAUUGCGGUGAAUAUCGUGUGUUGACAUAUCACAAAUUUAAAUAUAACCUAAAUAUUAUCAUACUACUCGUAAUAUUUAAUAUCAUUCACGGAAAUAAUUUAUUGUGAAGUUAUUUGGACAAUUAUUAUAUAGUUCACAAACUUUCACCAUGUUUAUCAAGUGCUAGCGCGUACCCGCAAAUUGGAGAAGAUUGCCGAAUGGAUUGCUCCUGCGCAAGGUUUACGUACGACAUUUGACUUUGGGAAUGAUAACAGUGCCAGUGCGGACUUAGUGUUUUUUACAUAUUUUUUUUAAUAAAAGUGAGUGACUAUGACGAAAGUUUUGCAAGAGAUGCACGGAAACAACAAUGUUGUUCCCCUGUUGCCCCGGGCUACGGUGAAACUUGAGUUUAGGAACAUCACGUGUUCCAUGAAUAUAUUCUCCGUCAACAGACUGCGAUACGAACGGCGGGAAAUCCUGAAAGGCGUGAACGGCUGCUUCAAGCCUGGGGAGCUGACGGCCAUCAUGGGCCCAUCGGGGGCCGGCAAGACUACCCUGCUCAACAUUUUAGCUGGAUACUUGACACGCGGCGCCAAAGGAGAGAUUGCGGUGAAUGGCGUCUGCGCAUACGCAUCUCAAUCGACGGGCCGCGGCGGCGCGCGCUACAUCCGCCAGCAGGACGAGCUGCGCGCGCAUCUCACGGUGUACGAAGCCAUGUCUCUGGCUGCGGCUCUCAAACUGGCUGACUUUUCGCCCCACGAGCGGAAAGAGAAAGUUUACGAAAUUCUAGCUUUACUUGGUCUAAGUGGCUCUGCUCAGACCUUAAGCAGGGACCUCUCUGGAGGACAGAGGCGCCGCCUGGCGGUAGCACUAGAGUUACUUUCAGACCCCUCUCUACUCUUCCUUGACGAACCAACUACUGGUCUAGAUUCUUCAGCAUCAGCGUCCCUCAUAGCACUACUCAACGGCCUCGCGCGCGGCGGUCGCACGCUCGUAGCCACAAUACACCAGCCUUCAGCCCUAUUGUUUGAGAAGAUCGACUCGGUUUAUUGCCUGGCCAAUGGCAGAACUUUGUACAAUGGACCCAGGGCUCACCUGAUACCAGCGCUGGCGAGCGCCGAACUGCGGUGCCCGCCAUACCACAACCCCGCUGAUUUUUUGAUGGAAGUGGCAUCAGGAGAGUACGAGGUGGACCUGGUGAACGCAGCCAGGACGAUGGAGCAGUUCAAGCCUGAACAGCUGGCCAACGGGAGCUGGGAACCGCCUAUACCCACCAUACCAGCUUUACCCGGGCCUUUGGAGAUACCGUCCGAGCUGAAGGCAAAACAUCUUCUAUCCGACUCAAAACACCAAAGAAACCAAUCUAAAACCAUGUUCAGACAAUCUGGUCUACUGCGACAGACGUGGAUAUUGCUUUAUCGGAACUACUUGAUGACUACCAGAAAUUAUACAUUAUUCAUGUUAAGGGUGGCGGCACACGUGGUGAUCGCUCUGAUCUUCGGCUACCUGUACCUGGGGGUGGGGAGCGAGGCCAGCAGUGUACUCGGCAACUACGUGUAUCUGUACGGCUCCAUGCUUCUCGUUGUUUAUACUGGAAAAAUGUCGGUUACUUUGUCUUUUCCGCUAGAAAUGGAUAUCUUAAAAGGGGAAUAUUUCAAUAAAUGGUAUUCCUUAGGGCCGUACAUAGUCUCAAUACUAGCAGUGGAACUACCCUUCCAGAUGAUAUCGUGCGUAUCGUACGUGGUAUUAUCGUAUUGGUUGACGGACAACCCGCUGGAGCCAACACGAGCUACACUCUUCCUGGCAACCAUUGUUGCCACAUCCCUCUGUGCCCAGGCGUGGGGUUACUUCAUAGGAUCUACAACGCCUACUAAAAUAGCAGUGUUCGUGGGUCCAGUAGUUGCGUGCCUGUUCUCAGUGUUCGGAUUCUGCCUGGCGCUGUCCGACACGCCCUACUUCUUCCGCUGGCUGCACCACAUCUCCUAUUUCAGGGCCGGCUUCCACGUCGCCGUGCAUUCAGUCUACGGCUUCAACAGGACCAAGAUCCACUGCAAUAAGAUUUACUGCCACUACAUAACGCCAAGCAAAUUCUUGAAGGAGAUGGACAUGGCAGAAGUGGACGUCGGCGGCAACAUGGCCCUGGUUCUAUCCACCACAGUCCUGAUGCAUCUCCUCACCUGCACAGCUCUGUGGUACCGAUUGAACAAGAGAUGAACACUACCUUUGGCAAGGUCGGGUAACGCGCCUUCUAAAUGGCAGUUGCUAAGUUAUGAUUUAUGAUAUGCAGUUUUGGGUGACAUAGCUUUAAGGGACUUAAGUGAUUUUAGGUAUUAUUAGACGAUGUCAUGAGUUAGUGUAAUUAAUGAUUUGACCAAAAAGUAACUCGAAUCUCGUCGACGUGGUUCUUGUGAAAACGAUCUGCUAGCGUGCAAGAUAGCGGAAUAACCAGAUUCAUAAUCCGAUAGGGAAUGAGACCUUAGAUUUAGAAUAUAAGUAGCUCAUAUUGUAGCAUACUAAAUCUCUUGAUCGAUCAUGGCAAACUUUAUAGACUUAAAAACAACAGAAGCAUAUAUUUUUACUUGAAGACUUGUAUCAGAUUGUCACAGUCGAUUUGUUUACCAAACGAUUUGUUUGGUAAUUAGUUAUAGCUUCACACGUAGGAUCGAUUUUAUGAUGAUUUAUUGACUAUUAUUACGAAUCUACAGAUUGGCCACAAAUUCAAUAGGCCACGUCGCAAAAUAUUUCUUCACAGACUAUCCUUUUCGUAAAAAGGUAGCAAAUGUUAACAUUUUAUAGUUGACAUUAUUGUAAAUAUGAAAAACCAGUAAUAAAUUCGUUACCAUAUUACUGGUCUUUCAUGUGUCAUAACAAAUUGUAACUAAUAUGUCAUGAUCGUGAGUUUUUAUAUGCAUUUACACGUGCAAGCUAUUGUAGGGAACACUAUCUAGGGUUCCUCGAACAAAUCAACCGAAUGCCGGACCCGGCAAAAUGACCAAUGAUUAGUACCACGUUUAUAUGCAAUUUUUAUAAGAGUAGAUUAAUUAAUGAUUUAGUAAAUAAGUAGUUAAUAUUCAGUUUAGUUCUCAUGAAUACAUAAUUAUUUUGACAUUGGACACUUAACAGUUUUGAUUUUCUUUAUGGUUAUACAGUCGACAGCACAUCAACCUACCCAAAUUAAUUGCAAACUCGGUUAUUACCGCGCCCCAUAGAGGUAAAUUGAUGUACUGGUAACUGUACUUAAUUAAUUACUUUUUCUUAAUUGUCAAUUGUUUUAAAAAUCCAAAAAGAAUUAUUUGGAUAAUUAAUAUCCAAAUUAUUGUGUCGUUCCUAUAUCGUGUUGAAUGUAUGAUUUAUGUGAACUAAAGCGUAAGUAUUUUAGCUGUACUAUUUAUAUAAAAAAUAAUAUUAUAAAUUCUACUUUUGAACCAUAUUGACGAAAAAUAUAUGACGUUAACUUUAACCUGCGCACAACAACGCAAAGUUUGCCAUUUUACCUAAUCGGCGGCGGACGCAGUUUCAAGUUAACGUCAAAGUUGACUGAUGCAACUCAGCCAUUCUGAAAAUAUCUUUGGAAUGAAUAUUCUUAAAAAUAUGACAAUAGUUACAAUUAAUAUUUGCAUAGCUAAUGUAGACAUAACGCUGAAAACUUUAUUGAUUUCUUAGGCUUAGUUGCUCCGGUCAAUUUUGACGUUAAUUUUAACCGGCGCAGAUCAACGCAAAGUACGCCAUUUUGUCUAAAGUUGACGUCAAAUUGACUGGUGCAACCCACUCUUAGUAAUUAGUUGUGUAAAAGGCAUCGGUACCAAUUUUGUGCCUUUACCUUCUAGUAGAUACGAUUCGCAACUAUUUUAUUAGUCUGAUGAAUGUUAUGAUAAUUGAAACUAACCCUGUUAUUAUAAAUUUAAUAUUGCUUAUGGAUCUGAUAUUUAUGUAAUUUAUAAUGUCACGUAUUUCUUUAAGUAGGAAAAGAGUACCAGUAGUCCAGUAGUUCAACUUUAUUAUUCCUUUAACAAACUGGACAUGUACUUUAAAUGACUUGCCAUACUACUAGAAAAUUAACUUGUAUACUUUGGCUAGCUGGCUUAGCUCAAUGUUUAAUAAUGUUUAUUUAUUUUUUUAACGUUAAAUCCAAAUUUUCUUUAAAAGCACUCCUUUUUUAACCUAAGGUUCUGUGUAAAAUGCUCUUUUGUUAUAGGUACUUCCUUCCUACUAAAUGUUAAUUCACGUCUAUCCUUUAAUGCUAUCUCAUACUAGUUUUUGCUUUCGUGUACGUAAUUUCAUUGAAAUCCGUAUCAAAAUUCAUCAAAACAUCUCGGGUAGGUAGUAUAAGUUUUGGUUUAUGACUUCGCUUUAGAAUAUUAGAUAGGUACUUAUUAGAAUAGGAUAGAAAAUGUAUUUUGAUGGUAUUUACAUCCUCUUAUAGGGUGGACUAUCGUACUGACGAAUGGUUAUUUAUUCUUAAUGGUUUCCUGUGAAUAUAAUUUAUUUAAAACUAA